AUGGCAGUAUCCCCGCCAGAUAGCUACCACCCCACACCUGACACUCCCUUGAACGAAGACAAAGUACGCGACUCCAUGGAGGAUCUUGAUCCUCAAGCGACCCGGAAGCGUCCGCGCCUCGACAGUGGAAGUCGGGUGAGCGACUCUUUGUCGCUCGACGGAAUGUCUCGACCGCCAUCCGCGCCUGCCUUGGAAAUGGACGAGGAUCCAGCUCGCCCCGCGAGCAAAGUCACCAUUAACAUGAAAUCUCCUCUCUCUCCCGCCGCCCUUGAUCUUCUCUCCGCCCAGUCUGAGCUCCCAGACAAUGCUACCGAGCUCCAAGCUGACUCCGACGCCGCAUCCGCCAAUGUCAUAUCCAUUCACUCAUCAUCUUCCCAGGGCUCACCUCAAAUCGAAGUCGCCGACCUCGAGGAUAUGAACCAAGAACCGAACCACUCCAACUGGAAGCCUAUCGCCGAGGCUAUCAACGAACAAGGCGACAUGGAGGUUGAGGCACAAGACAUCGUACCUCUAGCCGACUCUUUCCCCAAACUACACGAAGACAUGAGACCCCGAGACAACUUGAAGGCGAUUAGUGAGAUGAUAGAACAUGGACACCCGCGCGAAGGUAUUGCACUUGCUGCAACGAAGCAAUGGCUAAACACUUGCGUUAAGGAGCUCGACCGAGUCACACUGGCGGCCUUUAUGGACGAAACAGAAUUCUGGGAAAAUUUCCCAUGGAUCAUGGACCGUCUUGUGCGCAGGCAACGAAUGCUGCAACUGGACGACGACGAGGACCCUCUAGUGUUUCUCGAAGAACUUCUGCUCGACUAUGCCCGCCUUGUCUUUCACUUCGUUUGCAUGGACACCCGAACUCUCAGUCGGAUUGAACCCGACGCAGACAUGGAAGGUGUCCCGAUCACUUCUAGACGUUACCUUGCUGGCUUCCCUUGGUUGCUACACGUUUCCAACCUUCCGCUUUACCGUACCAUGGAUGCUCAAUGUCGGAUUGGUAUGCAUAAGUUCCUUCUUUCAGUGAAAGACGAAAUUGCACAGCCUCCGUUCAAUGCAUCGCGCCAGUUGCUUGAUUAUGCUACCUUGAAUAUUUCCCUGGUUCCCACGCAACCAAAACUUCUGCAACAUCUCCCACAAAUCAUGAUGUGCAUCAACACCUUACUUGGUGUUGAUCUAGAUCAGACAUGGACUGGUGUCUCCGACUCUUCAGCCGAGUCCGCAAUCACAUCACCUAGCUUGCAAGAAUUCUUCGAUACAACUCGAGCCCUCGCUACACAACACGAGAAGUAUGUCACCAAGAAAUCACCACUAGCUACAAGCGAUGUGAGUGAGCAUCUAGUCAGAUCAGUCUUUCGUGCCUACAAUUUCAUUUGCUCCGCCGAUGAGCAAUUCGUGGACCAACUUGCCAACGUUUUGGGAGUUGAAUUCCCCGCGGACCUUCCCGAAGCACAUCGGGUGAUGGCAGUCACUUGGGCAUGGAAAUUUGAUGCAAUGAAGAAACAUCUCAUGGAAGGUCGCAUGGAGCUUCGUGUCCACGGCGUGGAGGCUAUGCAAUCGGAUCUAGUCAACAUCUGGACUCAAAAUACAACCGCCACCUCUUCAGAGUCCGCAAUCGUGCUCAUGAGGUAUUUGGUUAAGCUGCUCCGUGACCAUAAGAUCCUCGAUUAUCUGGUGGGCAUCGACUCUCACCCCCAGUUGCUCGCCCGCACAAGCAAUAUCUUUGGAUUCUUGAUCAUGACAAAUACCUACACCGAUCAGGACACGGAUAUGAUCUGGAAGACCAUUACGGAAAGUCAAGAUGAUCGAACUGUCUCCGAGGUUAUCAAAAUGCUUUCGCGAACACUCCCCAUCCAUUCCUCCCGAUCUGCUCCACUGCUAUAUGUGUGUUCCAAGUUGCUCAAGUUGCCCUUGGAGCGAUUUGACAGCCGCAUAAUGGAGCUUUGCAACCAGCUUGUACCUCGCAUGCGGGAGCGACCCCUCGACCGCGAGGGAGAGCCGGAAUUGGCACAUGUAGACGCCGUUCCACUCAAGCUCUGUGUUCGACUCAUUCGAGAGGGCUCUAGUGUGACGCACAUACCCCUUGACCAGAGGGAGUACAUGCAAUCAUUUGGUAGCGAACAGCUGGGUCAGUUCAUGAAGGCAGGCUUGAAUGAAUCAGAUAAAGUGGAGACAUACGAAAGCUGCAUCCAGGAUAUUGCCGAUAUGAACUCGUCCAGCGCAGGAAGCAUUCAAGUCCUUAAUGCCCUGGUGCCCUUCGAUGAUGCACCGGAAAUUUGGAAGCUUGCAAAUGAUUUCGAUUUGACCAGACUGGUGAUCAAGGAACUCCACAAUUUCGUGAAUAAAGACCAGCGCGAGCGCGAGGAUCUGUCUUUUGGUCACGGUUUUCCCUCUAGGGUGGAAAUACUGAGGCGCCUGAUCGAUAUGGCACCAGAGACUAUCACACCCGACCUUGGCAACACGCUUUGGAAUGAAAUUCUCAUGUCCAAGAACCUGACUCCUGAAGAGCGUCAAAUGAUUUGGAGGACGAUGGGUGAUGUUGCCAAUCGCAGUGUCCAGGAGAACCCAUUUCUGGAGCGUUGCAUCCAUGAGUAUCUUCCCAGCCUCUUGCCCGUCGAUUACUCGCAUGAGGUUUUGUGGUUUGCUCAACAAGCACUCAACUACCAAAUCCAGGUGAACAUACCUCCCACGGCCGGAGAAGAUGAGGUGAUUGCCAUUCCUGGGAUGGAUCGGAUCUGGAACUUCAUCUUGACGGCACCGCCAAACACGAUCGAAGGCGAUGCAAUCAAGUUCGCCAUCAAUGUCUAUCUGGACCACGGGAUCAUCCGUAGGGCUCACCGCUCGGCUAUCGAUGCAACCCAUAUCGCUUUAGUUGGUCGCUGCGUGGACCAACUGAAGUCCGCGGCGGCGGCAUUGAGACCCUCUUGCAAUGGAACACCCAACGGAGACACUUCCAUGGAACUUGAUGGCUCUAAUCAAGGUCUUGGAGGAGAAGAACUCAUGUUCAGCCGCUCACUGCAUUUCCUCCGUCAAUUGCUCCAUGGAUUGCGCGCCAGGCCGCAGUACAACUCCCCCCGUAACACUCCACCUCGCAUCCCCGAGCGCCCAUUGAAAGGCGAGCCCGUCAACAUUCAAUACCAAUGCUUUGGUGGCAACUCUUCUACCAAGAUCGCUACCAUGCAAAUCGGUUCUCUCUCGACGGCCGCGGAGCUUGUUGAACGACUUGUGCAGCUGAGCCGCUUUUCCAAGAUAACCACUAUCAUCGGUGGGCAGAAGGUGGAGUUACUUCAGGACCCCGAUGCCCUGGUGCAGAACCUGAAGGUUGCUACCGGAUUGCUCAUUGUGCGAAAAGCACCUAAUGCGCAGGAGCUUCCUUGGGUUGGUCGGUCUCAGUCUUUAACAUCUGUUGACAGCGAAGUGUUGAAGCAUUUCGAUGAGUUCUACGAGCUGCUAGAGUUGAAGGACGACCUGGCUCGGCAGAUCUUUGAUUUCCUGGUCGCCUUCCCACCUCAAGAACAAGCAGUCAAUCUUGUCCGGUGCAUUGACAAUUCCGAGAAAGACAUGUUUCCCUUGCAAAAGCCGUUCAAGGCUCUCUAUUCUCUCACCACCCUGUCCGUUUGUCUACGUGAAGAGGCUUUGGAGACGUCUCCGCGGUGUGACUUUGUAUCUCACAGCAUCGAAGUUCUAGUCGCAUUCUUGACGGGAGAUGAAUUGCUUGAGUCUAUGGAUGGAAAACAGACAGGCUCUUUGCUCGCUACAAGAGCGGUCGAGUUUCUUCUUUUCGCAUUCUCUGUUUACCGUCUGGCUGAUGCCAAGGCCGUUUUGGUUGCCAAACCAAAUCCUUUGGUCGAGCGUCUGUGCAAGAUGAUAGACAUUGGAUUACAAGACUCUCCUGAGUCGCUGAAGGUACCUUGUCUUCCAAAGUUGAUUUGCAACUGCUUUGCGGUUUUGCUUGAUGGCUCAGUACGCGAUCAAGGUAUCUGGGAUGCUGUCAAAGAAAAGGCAAAGUUCGAUGAAUUGAUCCUCUCAUUGCUCCUCGUUGAAAGCCGAAAGCCUAUUCGGGUUGAGGUCUUGGAACGUAUCAAGAUCAUCUGCGGAGCCCUGAAACCAUCCAAGUUGUCAAUAAGUACAUCUGCCGAGGAUGCCGAAAAGUUUACCGAAGACCCCCUUCGAAUCGACAUUCUUGCUACUCUCUGGAACUCUUUAGUACAGGUCAUUCCCCAAACUCCUCUGUACGCCAGCCAGUCAGAGCAGUUCUUCAUUGCUGCUCUAUGGAUGUUCCGCACUAUCGCCGAGAAGUCACCAUGCGAUCUGGUCUUCAAUGAUUAUCUCAAGCGGUGGAGCUCAUUUAUGCUCACGCAUCAGACUGAGGAAUUCAUUGGACGCGAACCAGUCGAUAACUUGAUUGUCGGAUUCUCUUCUCUGCUAGAAUGGUGCCUUAAGCUGGCUAAUGCCGCCAACGUCCAUUUGGACACCUUGAACAUUGCCGAGCAAAUCAUGUCAAUGUACUUGUUCCCAGAUCUCUCGCCAGAGUCCGAUGACAAGCUCGACGCUCGAGCCCCAGUCAUGAACAACGGGACCCGCCAAACUCUGUACAAUGUUGUCAGUUUGUUGUGCAAGCAGAGCGACGAGACUUACUUCCGCAUUAUGGAAUAUUUGAACACAACUGUUCCACGAGAUGUUAUCCACUUUGAUUGGGCUUUUGAUAGAUCGGUGAUGAUUCGCUCCCCAGAGGGCUACGCUGGGCUGAGAAACCUUUCGAACACGUGCUAUCUCAAUUCCUUGAUGACACAAUUAUUCAUGAAUAUUGAGUUCCGGGACUUUAUUUUGAAGCUUCACAUUGCGGAUCCCGAGUCUCAGAAGCUACUCUACGAGACACAAAAGUUGUUCACGUGGAUGCAAGAGACUUGGAGAAAGAGCAUCGAGCCGCAGGAUUUCGUUGACAGCAUCCGGACAUUCGACAAUGAGCCCAUUGAUGUCACCAUUCAGAUGGAUGUCGAUGAGUUUUACAAUCUUCUCUUCGAUCGCUGGGAGUCUCAGGUUCUUGAUGCGGAAAGCAAAAUGAAGUUCCGUUCCUUUUACGGAGGUCAACUGGUUCAGCAGAUUAAAUCGAUGGAAUGCCCUCACAUCUCUGAAAGGCUUGAGCCAUUCUCUGCCAUUCAGUGCGAGAUCAAGGGCAAAGCCAGCCUUGAAGACAGUUUGCGCGCUUACGUCGCUGGCGAAGUUAUGCAAGGUGAUAACAAAUACUUUUGUACUUCAUGCGACAAUCAUGUGAAUGCUGUGAAGCGGGCAUGCUUGAAAGAUGUCCCUGACAAUCUGAUUUUCCACCUCAAGCGGUUUGAUUUUGACAUGGUCACUAUGCUGAGAAGCAAGAUCAACGAUGAAUUUAUGUUCGCCCGCCAUAUCGACAUGACUCCUUACACCGUGGAGCAUCUGUCUGACCCCGAACAGCCAGUCCAGCCGGAUUGGUUUGAAUUGACUGGUGUCCUUGUUCACACUGGUACGGCCGAGUCUGGCCACUAUUACACCUACACCCUUGAGCGACCUUCACCCGAUGGAGAAGCCUCGUGGGUGGAGUUCAACGACUCGGAUGUCUCUAGAUUCGACCCAAGUUCAAUUGCGGACCACUGCUUUGGCGGUCCGAGCGAGCAGAUGCAGUACAAUGGUGAGCCUAAGAACAAGGUUUGGAAUGCAUACAUGCUAUUUUAUCAGCGUGUUUCGACUAUGGAUGAAUCCAAGUCGGUGUACAAGCCCGAAAAGCCCGACAUCCCGGUGCAUGUCCAGGUCUCUGUUCCGAUUAGCAAUCAUAUUGCUAUGGAUAACGAACUUCUUAUUCGGACAUACUGUCUUCUGGAUCCACAGUAUGCCUUUUUCGUCGAAGGCUUGCUUCAACGUUUCUCUGGCAAGCCAGGUGACAAUCCUGACAACAGUGUGAUAGAGACAUUGGCGGUUAAUGUGGGCCUGGACACCUUCGAACAAAUGGUUUCGAGAACCAAGGAUCUCCAAGGGCACCAGGAACUCUUCACGAUUCUCCUUGCCAUGAUUAACGGAAGCCCUAACGCUGCACGCUCUAGCCUUGACUGGAUAUUCGAUCGCAAGUCGCCAAUCCGCAACCUCAUGACCAAGAUGCCCCAGCCAGAGGUUCGGCAUAAGGAAAUACUGUUGAUUUCAUUUGCUAUCAAGCAUCUUCACACGCUGUCAAAGGACCCGAAUCUCGAAGAAAAUGAGCUGGUCUUUUGGCACAACACUUUCGAAGAAGCUAUUAUACGUCUUGUACCCAUGCUGAUAGAGGUGUGGCCCAGCGUCCAGAGCAUUUCACGGGUGUGGGAAGAUUACUUUGGUUUCUUUGUGAGGUUGUGCAGUUACGGACCUUGGGUUGUUGAUCAUCUUGCUGAUAAACACCUGUUUGUCGUUUGCCUGCAAAUCCUCUGGUUCGAUGAGGAUGACAAGAGAAAAAUGCGGUCCAACUUCCCCAACUACGCGCGUCUGUUUGAUAAGGGCCGUCGAUUCACUUACAUGAACAUGCUGUCACUGUUCCACAUCUUUUUGAAACACAUGGAUCUUUCUCUAGAGCCUGUCGGUCGCAAUGAACCACGCACCGUUUCAAAUGGCAAAAUAUCCCUGAGGCCUUUUGAAAUGGAGCUCAUGAAACCGAUUGAGAGAGACGGCUCACUUGGCAUUCUCAGGCAAAUUCUCAAGCAUGAUUCCCUGGCCAAGACCCAGACCGCACGUUUGAUCCUUGCUACCUUAUUAGAAGGAGAACCCGCGGCAGGCUUCCUUCCUUCAAUCCAGAAAACUAUUGAGAAUGGAUUGAGAAUUGAGCCUGCUGUUCAAUGCACAGCGUUCCUCGAGGCAGCCGUGGUUUUCUGUCAACACUGUCCCAGCAAGCAGCGAGUCAUUGAUAUUAUCAACUGGGUUGCCAGUGGCGUUGAGAGCAUUGACAGCAGCGGUGGUCAGGAACACAUUGCCUUCUUCAUGACCCUGUGUCAAACUUCCAACGAGCGACUCAAGCUGAACGGCGAGGCAUUUGCUGAGAUCGUAUUCACUAUGCUUCCAACGUGGGCUCCCACUUUGCUCAUUGACAGGAAUGAGAAUGUUCGCAUUAGUAUGCAGAACAUCCUUACUGUCUGGGUCUUCAACGAUGGCAAUGACGAAUCCAGUUCCGAGGAAAGCGAGAAGAACGACGAAGCCGACCAUGGACCUGGGACCAACAAUUCCCUCCAAAAGCGACGCCCUGUCAUUGGCAGGGGCUUGGUGCGAGCCAGCAUCGAACGAAUUAAGACGGCAUUUGUGAAAGAUCCACCCCGACACGUCGAUCGCAGACUGGUUGAGCGUAUCGUUGCGGUGAUGAACUAUUGCCUGGGCAAGUACUUUACCGACAGCGAGGAGGAUCAGGAAACUGUCACAGAAGCCAAAAAUCUCAUAAUGCUUCUCGAGACUUUGACCCUGGAAGAGUUCAUCGAGGACCAGGCUUCCGAAUCCGAUGUUCCUUCUCCGGAGGAAUGGGAAGCAAACUCAGCAAUGGCCAGCGAUUCCGACGCCGGAGUCGCAGGAUCACCCUAG